UCGCCGGGGAGCCCGCCGCGGGGAUGAGGACGCAGCGCUGUCUGGCAGGACGGGACGGGCACCCGCCCGGCAGAUUUGUCACCUCGCUGGUGAAUCAGCGGCGAUAGGCGUAAUGCACAAUGGAUUACUUACUGAGUUUGGAUUGAUAUCAGUCAUAGCUAUGGGUCUGUAAAAACACACUUUGAUUACAUUAACUUCUCAAAAAUGAAUGGGAGCUCAUGCAGUAUGAGCCAUCGGACAACAGGUAUUCCUCAUGGACCUAGGAUGAUCAGUGGACAGCAGAUCCCACCUAUCAGAGUUCAUGUAGGAACGCCCUACCCAUCUUCAAAUAGCAGCCCAGAUACUGGAAACUUGUCUGCCAGCCUGCACUUAAGGAUGCCCCUUGGAGGAGGGGUAGCUCCUCAGAGCAACAUCACUGACAGUACUAUUCACCUUCCUGCUCUAAGUCCCAGGAAACAAGUGGUUACAAAUGGGAAGCCUUUGUUACAAGUCUCACAGCCCCCAGGACUGCCAGCCCCACAGUCUUUAAAGCCAAAACAGCAAGAUUUUGGAAAUUCUUUCUCCCCAGGCACAGGUGAAGGAGGUCUUGGUUAUGGACCCGAGUACAAGUCCAUUGGAGAAGGCAGCUGCAACAAUGUAAGAGUCACCGCAAGUCCCAUGACAGUUCAGCAGCUGGGACCUGUUUCACCUCUUGCUAAUCAGGUUUCAACAGCAUGCAACCAGAUCAGCCCUAGCUUACAGAGGUCUAUGGAUGCUUCCAGCCUGAGGGCUUCUCCAUCAGAUACAAGGUCGCUCUUGUCAUGUGAGUCUUUGGCCUCUACGACGUUAAGCUUGUCAGAAAGUCAGUCCACUUUGAGUGUAAAGCAAGAGUGGUUGCAUGGGUUCAGGACACUUCCUUCUGUUCCUCCUGACCAAGGUUUACAAAACAGCAGUGAGCUGGGGGACUUACUAAAUUUUUUGCCUGGAACAUCUGUGUCCAGUAACUGUGUCUCUAACUCAUUACCGUCCUACUUAUAUGGCAUGGAAAAUAAGCAUUCCCCUUACUCUAGUCCUCGCCAUUCCUCAUCCCGGUCUCAAUCAGCCCGCUCCAAAAAGAGAGCACUCUCUCUGUCUCCUCUGUCUGACGGCAUUGGCAUUGACUUCAAUACAAUCAUCCGUACAUCCCCAACCUCUCUGGUGGCCUACAUCAACAGCUCCAGGACAUCACCAGCAAACGUCUCCCCACAGCCUGAAGUCUAUGGACAUUUUUUGGGAGUGAGAGGAAGCUGUAUACCCCAAAAUUGCUCUAUUCCAGCUGCUCAGAAAGGCCUUCUCAUGGCUAAUGGCAACAUCACCUUCCCAGGGUACACUGAGAAUGGGGCUGGUGAGUACCAGCGGAUGCAACAGCUGGAGCAAGCCAGCUUGCAGAUGGCCACCACAAGUAACAUGGUGAUCCAGCAGGGUGUGCCGCCCAUGGACAACCAGGCGGUGGGUGUCCUGAAAAACAAACGGCUGGAUGACUUCUCAGGCCAUGCGGUCGACAUGCCUCCUCCACCCCUGUUGCCACUGCCUCCUCCACAAGGGCCACCACCACCAUACCACGCUCACCAGCACCAGCAUCCACACAGCCUCCCCAGUCGCAUUCAGCUGCUGCCUGUGCCUCCUUCUGCCCCAGGCUCCCUGCUUGACGAAGAUGGUGAGAUAGAUGAUUUCAAUGGCAAGCAUGGCUGUCGCUGGGUCGACUGCGGUGCGCUGUAUGACCAGCAAGAGGAACUUGUGCGGCACAUAGAGAAGAUCCAUAUAGACCAGAGGAAGGGAGAGGACUUCACUUGCUUCUGGGCAGGGUGCCCACGAAGGUACAAGCCAUUUAAUGCCCGUUAUAAACUGCUGAUUCACAUGAGAGUCCACUCAGGAGAGAAGCCAAACAAAUGCACAUUUGAGGGUUGCAAGAAAGCCUUUUCCAGACUAGAAAAUCUCAAGAUUCACUUAAGGAGCCAUACGGGUGAAAAGCCGUACCUUUGUCAGCACCCUGGCUGCCAGAAAGCAUUCAGCAACUCCAGCGACCGCGCCAAGCACCAGAGGACACACUUGGACACUAAACCUUAUGCAUGUCAGAUUCCAGGAUGUACUAAACGAUACACAGAUCCAAGUUCCCUGAGAAAGCACGUGAAAGCCCAUUCUUCCAAAGACCAGCAAGUCAGGAAAAAGUUGCGAUCGAGCUUAGAGCUUGGCCAGGACAUCCUGACUGACUGCCUCACAAUCCAGCCCCUCCAGCCACCCCCGUCACCGCAUGAUGCUGCAGAUAAUACCAUGGGACACUCUCCAGGGCCUGCUCACGAUAUUUACCCAGCAGCCGUGUUCCCCAGCACACAGACAAGUCGAAGUGGAACAGCAGCUGGGGCAGUGUCCUUGUCCCACCCCAGCAGCCGCCCUUCCCCAGGACGUAACGUACAGGGUAGUCCUCUCCAUCCUUCCCCACAGUUACCUCUUCUCUCAUCUGCGGACUCAGAGAGGUUUGUUGCUCCGGCCCCUUCUCCUCACCACAUCAGCCCCCAGAGAAUUUCAGUUCCACAUCACAUGAUGCAGAGACAGACUCCACAACCUCCCCUCCUUCAUCAGCCUGGAGGAAUGCCUCUGAAGACAUACCAGCCAGCAGCAAGCCCUUCUUUUCAACCAAAUAGCCUCCACAUCCAAGGUUUUUAUGGGCAGCUUCAGACUUUCUGCCCUCCACAUUAUGCUGACACUCAGAAGAACAUACAAUCUUGCAAUGUGGUUCCUCCAUUUGAAGACUGCCUAGUUCCCACAACAGCAGGCCAGGCAGGACUUGGCAUUUUCCAUCGAACUUUUUCAGCUCAUUCUGGUAUUACAGUUUAUGACUUUCCAGCAGGCUCCACAGGUAUCUUUGGUGAUUCAGCUCGCAGCAUGCCAGAGGAUAGCGGUUUCCUACAAGUAAAUGCAGUGGAUCGUUGUUCUAGCCAGCUUUCUUCUGUCUACACUGAGAGCUAAAGUAGUAUAAAUCUAGUUACAAGAACUUGAUUCCAUUUCAUCUUGCCCUUUUGAUAUUUCUCUGCAAAAUUUUUCUCUCCAUGAAACUGCCACGUAUGUAUGGGGAUAUGGGUUGAUAUACAUACAUAAUGGAGAGGAAAAAAGCAAUCACCGAGCAUUCAUCAAGCAGUCAACUGAGAAGGAGAAUGUUUGGAGAAAGCAAGCUUUGCCAAAACUUUAGCAAUUGUUUCGUUUCUUUUCAUCUGUGGCACAGCAACUCUACUUUUUUUGUUCUUUCUUCUUUUUAAUUUCUCAAAGGGAAUUCACAGACUGAAUAAGAAAACUGCUUGUUGGCUGUAAUCCUUUCAAGCUGAAUGGGUGGACUUACUGAAGAACACAGCUUUGGAAAAUUCUUUUUUUAAAAAAAAAAAAACAAGGGGAAAAGAACUAAAACCAUUUCAAAGGCACACAGCUCUUUGCACAACCUGUUCGCAUGUGAUGCUUCCAAAGUUAAACACACACCAGCAUCAAAAAGGGAGAGAAAUUAGACAUACAUCCUGCCCCUACCCACUGGAGGCAUUGGUGCGGCUUCUUUUUGGAGCCAAAGAUCAUCGGUACUGGAUUUCUUACAGGCCUUGGUUUAGCUGUCUUUUCCUUCCCUCCGUAUUUCAAGCCAUACAACAUGGCCAUUGCUGUUUUUCCGGUUCUCCUUCUGACCUAGUGCUUUAUGCAAUGAGUAAGAAGGGUUAAAUGCACUACAUGAGAAGGUACAUGGACUUUGUCUAUAUUUAGCACAGCUGCUAGAUAAGAAUAAGUAUGUUUUAACUUUUUCUUGAUUUUUAAUUAUAUUGUAGAGCUUUAUCGCUGUAUGUGCUAUAGUACUCUGUAGGAAGGUUUAAAAUACCCUGUAGGAAAGAUUCUUCCUUAAAUUCCACAGAUAUCUUUAAAAGCAAUCUGUACUGAUUCAAUUAAUUUUUGUUGCCCAAAUAUUUUUCAUUCCCAUACCACAUUUUCAGGAAAAAGAGCUACUCUUAAGUUUGCUAUGUCCCCUCUGAUUAUUUAGAGUUGUAAAACUGAACUGGUUUGAUGGUUUUGAUUUUUCUACUCAAUGUCAGGCUCUGGUCCUCAAAUUUAGUCCAGGAUGCAAGCAAAUGAGGUUACCCUUCAUGAAAGCUACAGGAGUAUGAGUUUAAAACAGUAUUUUGCAGUGGAGAUGUGUUGUCACUGUGAUCCUGUAUUCCUUGGGAGCAACCCUUACAUUGUGUAAGACUGGGUAAAAACCCAGGUUAUUAAUCCCUGUUUAUCCAUUUUUUGGAUUUCAUACUGUGUAGUGUGCAUCUUAAUAUGCUUAUGACCUGGUUUAAUAAGAAGGGCAAAAAUCCAAAGUUCGUUCUUACAGGCUAGACCACAACUAUGCUUCUGAAAUCACUCCUCUAAAAAGAUGAAUUUAAAAAAAUGUUUAUACAAGCAUUUUCUUAUCCUGAGAUGCUUUUGAGAGUUGUUGAGUGCAGUUUGAGUCAAAUUCAUAAUUUUAUUUGCCAUUAUGUUGCAUAGAUGAAUUUAUGUCCAGAUGUUUGUAAACACUGUCAAUCUUUUGACAUUUAUAUUCAUGAAGUAUAUUCUUACAUACAGGAAUAUGUGCUUACAUACUUGAUGGAGAGAUUUUCAUCCAAUACAUACAAAGAAUAUAUAGAUAAACCAUGCAUAUAAAUGAUGUACAAUAAGAAGUAAUAUGGCUUAAAUACAGAUAAUUCUGUACUAAAUUCUUUCCCCUUUUAUUCUGCUUCUCACAUCACAAGUGAAUGUGUCGCUCUGCUUCAGCUUGCGAUGGUAGGCCUAGUUGUUACUAUAUGUGGUUUUUGUUGGGAUAAAUGACAUCAGGCCUCCCUACACAGCUACACAGACUCAGGCAAAAAGACAGUCCUUUUGCAUUAAUGUAUGAUCUGUCCCAGUGCAUUGACAGUGAGUUUUGCUUUUUAAUGAAGCUUUAAAUUUGUGCUGUCCUAAAGCCCAUUCUGUGGUCACUCCACAUGCAUAACUUGGUUCAGCAGGAGUAAUUAGGCAUGCUGAACUCUUCAAUUUCAAAUGUGUAGGACUAUGUUUUGUCCCACUGAAAUCAACUAGAGCAGGUUCAGGCCCAGUGUGUACAUACGCAUGUAUAUGUACAUAUAUACUUUUGUAUAUAUAAAUCCUUUUCAAGGUUCUUUUAACUGGUUGGUUGUCCAGAAUUUGUCAGUUGCUGUGUACAAAACUGAAAUAUUGCUGCUGACUUCAGAUCUGUACCACCUUGACUUUUAAAUAUUUUGAAAUAUUUUUUCUAGUGUCUGAAUGUUCAGACUGUCCAAUAGAGAGGCAGCUUAUACAUCCUGACAGAUCAUGACCAAAGGGAAAGUGGGAAGACAGAAUUCGAAAAGGAUAUUCAUAAUUUGGGCGUUCAUCAGCUACAUUUUGAAAAAGACACUUUUGCAAGUCAUUCAUUCAUUCAUUCUUUCAUAUAUAUAUAUAAAAAAAUAUAAUAUAUAUAUUUACAACUUUCUAUGAGCCUUAAUCUUAAAAAGAAGGAGCUAGACUACAGUCAAAUCAAGCACAUGAGAGUAGGCUACCAGUUUGUAAAAGGGUACGCCUUUGUUUACUUCUGUAUCAAAGACAAAGAGGAUUCUUCAUGAUUAUUUCAUUAUUCUCUUUGGAGUCAGACUGACUUUGGGGGAUCAGCUUAUAUCACUGAGGAAAAUGUUAUAAAAAAGUACCAUUUUGUCUCAUGAGUUUUGCAUAUUUAAAUAGGGAACUGUGUUUGUCAAAUGUUACAAUGAAAAAUGGUGCUUGUGAAAAUACAUAGCAUAAUGCUAGUUACUGACUUAUAUGCAAAUACUUGUGCCUCAGUGAUUUUUGUGUUUUUAUUCUACUUGCUGGAUUGUUAACUUUCUAAAGGGAUCCAUAUCUAAGAGAUGGAGUUAUUUUACACUAUGGACAUUAAACAAUAUUCUAAUGAAAUUCUUUACAAUCAUUCUUUUAUGCAAUUAUCUUGUUUUCAGACUCAAAUGGUCUAUUUAUAUCUGCAUUAGAAAUGGGUCUACACUGGAGUUUAAAAUAUAGUUUCAAAGCACAUGUGUACAUGUGUGAGUGUAUGCGAGUGCAUGCGUGUAUUUGGAUCUCCCUUUCUGUGUAUAUAUAUAUGCACAUAUAUAUACAGAUAUCAUUAGAGGCAUUAUGGUUUGCUAAUACUGGAUGCUGAAGUAUUGCAGAGCUAAGGCCAUCUGUCACAUUGUAUUUUGUUUUCAACUUUUUUUGAAGAUGUGUGAAUGAGUAUAAAAAUUACAUUUUAACUGUUUAUUCCCUGUGUAAUUUUAUAGGAGAUUUUUUAAACAGCACUUUGUUGUUUCUGUGAAAUUUUGUUGUUGUUUUUGGUUUGGGGUUUUUUUUUUUAUUUUUAAUAUUUCCUAGGAACAGAUAAAGCAAAAGAAAAAGACCACAAUUUAAAAUUAGCUGAGUGGGGUUUUAUUUGAGGAGAAAAUCCCUUUAUUAUGUACAGAAAGCAGCAUGUUGUGUAAUAUUUUUUACACAAAGCACUUUGCUGAGGAGUGAAAGUGGGAGUAUGUUUUUGCUAAACCUUACGGAGUAUUCUACAUAUUUAUACGUACUUACAUACACACAUAUGAACUCCAUUUGCCAUUCUGUAUAUCUGGCUUAUAUUUCCUCUAAAGAUAUAUCUGUUGCAUACCAUGAAAAAUAAAUUUUCAAAAGAAUUAGUUACACUUUUUUCUCUACCAGUAUGUAUAAUUUCAUGAUUUGUUACAGUUAUUUUUCAUUUAAUCAUAAGUUAUUUUAGUCCUGUCUCAUAAAAUUCUUUUUUAUGUAAAAGGUAAAAUUGAAAGGUGUAUGUGCAUGGUACAAAAUAAAACUGGAAAAUUAUAAUUCAAUGACGUCACCAAUAGAGCGUCUUAUUGUGAGAUGCCUUUAAAGAAGACUGCUGCAGCCAUUGUUCUUCACCAUAAAACUACUAGUAUUUGUAUGGAUUAAUACAAUUAGAAACAGAAAUAGGAAAAAAAAAUCUCAGUUUUCUUCUAAAAAACACUUGGGUCAGAGUUCUAAGUCUGGAUUUAAUUAUUGUUAUAGUGAGGCUAGAGAUUUGUAAAGAUAAAUGAAUGCCUCAGUGUGUGUUUACAGCCUGGGUGGAGACACAAA